CAAAACUAGACACUGGAAGAGAUCAUAAUCUACCAGGAUGGCAGCCUGCUGCAGCUUGAAGAACGUGUGCGAAUACGAAACGACCAAAGUGGUGCGCAUCCAGAGCGUUUUCUACGGGAGUGUGAAGUGGGCGAUCCAUUUGGUGGUUUUGGUGUACGUCUGUGUCGUCCUUGUGGCUGAUCGGCGCUAUCAGAAGAAAGAUUCGGUCAUCAGCUCAGUGCACGUGAAGGUGAAGGGAGUGUCACAGACUGACACAAGGGUUUGGGACACGGCCGAAUACACAAUCCCUGGGCAGGGAGUGAAUUCCUUUCUAGUGCUGACCAAUAUCAUCAUGACUGAAAACCAGAUCCAGGGGCUUUGUCCUGAGUUUCCUAUCACCAAAGCAGUGUGCUCCACCAGCAAGAGCUGUACGGAAGGCCGUAUGGAUCCACGGAGUAACGGAAUCCAGACAGGCAAAUGUGUGAACUAUAACAGCACCGUCAAAACCUGUGAGGUUUCCGCUUGGUGUCCUGUGGAGUCAGUUAAAACUGCCCCAAGGCCAGCCAUCCUGAAGAGUGCUGAGAAUUUCACCGUGCUUAUAAAAAACAAUGUCCACUUUCCAAAAUUCAACUAUACAACAAGGAACGUUUCACCGGAAUUUAAUACUUCCUGUAUAUACAGCAAGCACAAGGCCUCGCUUUGUCCGAUUUUCCGUCUGGGAGAUAUUCUUCAAGAGGCAGGAGAGAACUUUUCAGAGGUGGCUGUUGAGGGAGGCAUUAUCGGCAUUGAAAUUAACUGGGACUGCAACCUAGACAAAUGGCUGCACCGCUGCAGGCCGAGCUACGGUUUCCGGCGUCUGGACGACAAACGAACCAGCGAAGCCUUGUACCCUGGCUACAACUUUAGAUUUGCCAGGUAUUACAAGAGGGCCAACGGAAAGGAGGAGAGAACCCUAAUGAAAGCCUACGGCAUCCGCUUUGACAUCCUUAUCUUUGGCAUGGCUGGGAGGUUCGACUUCUUUGAGCUGCUGGUGUACAUCGGUUCCGCGCUGUCCUACUUUGGCCUGGCUCAGUUAGUUGUUGAUUUUCUUCUUACUUCAUAUACAUUCCCCUGCUUCAAAUCCAGCCCAGUGAAGGAGUAUUACUACAAUAAAAAGUACGAAACAGUACUGGGACCAAGAUGGACUGUGUUGUACGUGACCUUCCUCGAUGGGCCGCACAUCUUGAUGAUCGACAAAUGGCUGAGGACCAGUUUGCAGAAUAUCAAAGGGGAAAUUAUUCACAGACGCCGGGGCGAAUUUGUGCCGGCUCCCAAGCUUCCGCAUCCAGACAGUCCGGUCUGCCCCCCAAACUCGGAAGAGCUGCAGCCCCUCCAGACUCGAGGGGAGAAGCCUUCCUUCCGCGAGCGCCCCUCGUGGUGCAGCUGUGGGGAAUGCCGGCCGGCAGGCCCCUUCUGGGAACAGCUCUGCUGCCGAAGGACGGGCGGGGCGUGCAUCGCCGGCGCGUCUUUGUUCGAGCAGCUCGUCCUUUCCCGAUCAGUGCUGGAGUUUGUUCUUCUCUACAAAGAGCCCUUACUGGACCUGAGGGCGGAGGGUUCCCACAGGCGCUUUCGGCACUGCGCUUACCAGCAGUACAUCCGCUGGCGCUUCGGGGAAGGCGAGCUGGAAGCCCGGGCCGUGAUCCCAAACUGCUGCAGGUGGAAAAUCCGGGAUGCGUUUCCUAGCGAGAGCGGCGAAUACAGCGGGCUCGGGAAGAAGAAGUAACCGCUGGCGGCCGCUCUGCGGUAUGGUGGACGCGCUCCCGUGCCGAUUAGACAGCUUUGCCCGCUCCUUUUCAAAAAGGCUGCCAUUUGUGGCUCUGCCAUAAUCUUUGCUCUUCAGCGUAACGAUAUUUAGACCA